CAGGCCCGACGCCCCGGCUAUGGCCGCGGCUACCAUAGUCCACGACACGUCUGAGGCGGUGGAGCUCUGCCCUGCGUACGGCCUCUAUCUCAAGCCCAUCACGAAGAUGACCAUCAGCGUGGCCCUCCCGCAGCUGAAGCAGCCAGGAAAGUCCAUCUCGAACUGGGAGGUGAUGGAGAGGCUGAAGGGCAUGGUGCACAGCCACCAGUUCUCCACCCUGCGCAUCUCCAAGAGCACCAUGGACUUCAUCCGCUUCGAGGGCGAGGUGGAGAACAAGAGCCUCGUCAAGUCCUUCCUGGCCUGCCUGGACGGCAAGACCAUCAAGCUGAGUGGCUUCUCCGACAUCCUCAAGGUGCGCGCCGCUGAGUUCAAGAUCGACUUCCCCACCCGCCAUGACUGGGACUCCUUCUUCCGCGACGCCAAGGACAUGAACGAGACGCUGCCCGGGGAGCGGCCGGACACCAUCCACCUGGAGGGGCUGCCCUGCAAGUGGUUCGCACUCAAGGAGUCGGGCUCGGAGAAGCCCAGCGAGGAGGUCCUGCUCAAGGUGUUUGAGAAGUUCGGGGAGAUCCGCAACGUGGACAUCCCCAUGUUAGACCCCUACCGGGAGGAGAUGACCGGCCGCAACUUCCACACCUUCAGUUUCGGGGGGCACUUGAACUUUGAGGCGUACGUGCAGUACCGCGAGUACGUGGGCUUCAUCCAGGCCAUGAGCGCCCUGCGCGGCAUGAAGCUCAUGUACAAGGGCGAGGACGGCAAGGCCGUGGCCUGCAACAUCAAGGUUUCUUUCGACUCGACCAAGCACCUGAGCGACGCCUCCAUCAAGAAACGGCAGCUCGAGAGGCAGAAGCUUCAGGAGCUGGAGCAGCAGAGGGAAGAACAGAAGCGCCGUGAGAAGGAGGCGGAGGAGAGGCAGAGAGCCGAGGAGAGGAAGCAGAGGGAGCUGGAGGAGCUGGAGCGGGAGAGGCGGCGGGAGGAGAAGCUGCGCAGGAGGGAGCAGAAGCAGAGGGCCCGCGAGCUGCGCCGCAGCCAGAAGAGGCUGGAGAGGCUGCAGGCCGAGGAGCAGAAGCAGCUGCAGGAGAAGAUCCGGCUGGAGGAGCGCAAGCUGCUGCUGGCACAGCGCAACCUGCAGUCCAUCCGGCUCGUCGCGGAACUGCUCAGCAGAGCCAAGGCGGUGAAGCUGCAGGAGCGGGAGCAGAAGGAGGAGACGCUGCGGCUGCGGCAGCUGGAGGAGCGGCGGCGGCUGCAGGAGGCGGAGCUGCGGCGGGUGGAGGAGGAGAAGGAGCGGGCGCUGGGGCUGCAGAGGAAGGAGAAGGAGCUGCGCCAGCGGCUGCUCAGCAUCCUGCUCAGCAAGAAGGGCGACGACCCCCAUGCGCACGAGGAGCUGGGCGUCUCCCACGCCGACCUGCUGCAGCCCGUCCUGGACAUCCUGCACACGGUGUCGGCCGGCUGUGUGGGCGCCGCCGCGCUGCCUCCCCUCGCCGGCCCGCCGCCCCCCAGCGCCCCCAAGGAGACCCCACCCCGCCCAGAGACCGACGGCGCGCCCAAAGACGUGAACGGGAGUGUCGCCGAGGAGGCCCAGGCCGGGGAAGGGCAGCCUUCCCGCCUCGCCACCCCCGACGACGGCUCGCCCGGCCAGAGGUGCCCCGGCGUCCUCUCUUGCAUCCCCGACAACAACCAGCACCCCAAGGGCGUGCCUGCCGCCUGCGACCAGAGCGCGCCCAGGAAGGACGUGCGUUCCGAGCAGGACAAGUGCAACCGGGAGCCCAGCAAGGGCCGCGGCCGGGCCAGCGGGGAGCGGAGCGGCGACGACAGGCGCAAGAGGGAGAGGAGCCGGCCGCGGCGGGCGGGCAGCCGGGAGGACGGCAGGCAGCCGCGGAAGGAGCGGCGCGCCCACAAGAAGCGCUCGCACCAGGACGACAGCCCCCAGCGGCGCAGCGCCAGUCCCGAGCACGGCCGGUCGCGGAGGUCCCACAGCAGAGACCGGGGCGGCAGGAGGGAGAGGAGCCGGGAACGCGGGGGCGGCUCGGGCAGGAAGCGCAGCCACCACCGCCGCGGCGAGAGGUCGCGGUCGGGGUCCCCCAGCCGGCACCGCAGCGCCUGGAACAGGUAAUGCAGGGCGGGCCCCCACGCCGCCCUCCAGGGACGGUCAGGGCCGGGGAGCGGCCUGGCUCCCGUCCUGCUCACCGCGUCCC